GGCUGGAGUCGCUUUUCGCAAGAAUGUUGACGCUGCUCUACUUUCAUCCGUGCGAGAGCGCUGUGUACUAAAGUAGAGAGAAAAUUCUCUAUGAAGGGAAACAGGGACGAGAAGAGUGCUGCCCUACAAGCACAGCAUGGGCGUAUCAGUUCGAACAGAUCUUGGCCGCCUAGUGCUUCGGACAUCGCGGGGCACCGAGAGCCAUUGGCUUUUGCACUUCCCCUACGUCAGACUGCAGAAGCGAUGCGGGAGACCGCUCAUGCACUGCAGGCGGCUCAUCCAGAGCUUGCCUGGGCACGGGAGCAACGCCCGACGAGGGUGAAUCUUGACUCUUUGUUGGUGGUGCAGCAGAUGCACACGAACGCACCUUCGACUUUGAGUAGACGAUGUAUUCAAAAAGUCGACCACUACCAGCCUCGUCGCUCAAUCCCGACUGCAGGUUCAAGAGGGAAGAAGAAUUUGAUUUUUGAAGAGAUUCAUCGUGUGCAGCAGGCACUGGGUCUCAACAUCGUACAUGCCGAUCUACUGCUCUACUCAUCUGGAACAUUGCUGGGAUGGCAUCAGGAUUCCUUUAGCCGCCACCGCCAUUUGUGUACAGUGGUGAUUGACCUCGUGAAUGAUUUUCAGGCUACACCGAAUAUUGAAGCAGAAAGAGUCGUGGAGGCGCAAACACCAAAGCAAUUAGCAGCGAUGCAGGUGGAAGAAGGAGGAAAACAAGUAGAGAAAGUUCUUGUGCUGGCACCAGCGCAAGAUGAACAGGUCAUAAGAAUAACCAGAACAACGAAGGUAAUGAAAGAAGGAGCAGCGUGCGUGCUACCUCAACCAGGGAGGACAAGAAAGGCCUCACUGAGCAGAAGAUCAUCUAUGCAGAGCAAGGAUCCGUCUUCGUCCUCUAAGAGAGUUACAAGUAGAGGAGAUAACCGAAGCGCAAAGCCGCGAAAUCAUCACGACGGGACUACUGUCCACAUGAAUUCGAAAGCCGUUUGCGAAAGCUUACCCUUAGAGGAGACGACGGACGCCGUCAGCGUGAAUCAUGCGAAAGACUGCGGAAGAAACUCUGGAAUUUGUAGGCAAGAGUGGCGAGAAAUAAUACGGCCUGAUCCACCAAAAAAAGGGUUGCUCUCUUGUUCUUCACAAAUACCAGAUGAAGCAGAUGUAGGUUCAUCAUCUACUGAGCAGAAAAAUGUAGCCUUUCAUCUGGGUUCCCGAACGUACGCACUGCCAUCAAAUACAACCGUGAGUAUUCAUGGGGUGACGUGCAACAACAACAUGGCACAUCGAUUCGUAUUUCAACCCGAGAAGGGUGUGGGUGAAAGGGAUCAAGCUGAACGUAAUAUUGAGAGGAUCACCAAAUCGAAAUCCGAAGACGAGGAAGCCACGAAGAAGAGUUACCAUAACCCAGAGGACAUCAAAAAGAGUUUCCAUGAUGAAGCAAAUGCUGCACAAAUGUCCUCAACUGACACAGUGACAUCCUUGUUGAACAAACAACUACAACAGAAACAACCAGAGAGAAUUUGUGUCGUUUUAUUCUGCUGGUCGCCGCAAUUGCAGGCACUCGCAAAGGAUCAAGAAAUAAUUGUCGACAUGCACAAGUGGUGGACAGAGAGCAUGAACGAGUUGCCUAGUAAAGAAAACC